UGGCAAGGCUUCGUCGUUGACAGUGGGACAGGGAUCCGAGAUGGGCAGUGAAUGGUGGUUCUUCGAGUAUGAAAUUAGUCACCCUUCCCUCCCACAACUCUUGGAUCUGUUCUCAGAAACACAUCUGCAAGGCAGUUAAUCAGGUUGAGCUACAAGUCACUGCAAAACUGAAAUGGUGGUUGUUUUCCAAGAAGUCAGUGCCUUCCGCCGUGCCCUUAAAACCCACUUUUUCCAGCAAGCCGGGCUGGUUUAGGAAGAAAUUUUUUAAAUGUUUAAUUGGUUUGUGGUUUUUUAAAUUUUUGGGCCAAAUUUAUAUAGAUUUUAAUUGUUUUUAAUAUUUGUAUUUCAUGUUUUUAAUUCUGGCUGUGCACCGCCCUGAGUCCUCAGGGAGAAGGGCGGUAUAUAAAUUGAAAAGAAAGAAAAGAAAAAGAAGUCAGAUGGCAUGUUCACCAACAAAGAAAGCUUCAUUUGCUAACCGGGCGGCAGUUUAUUUUUUAUAGUUCCAUGGCUGUUAAAAAAUUGUUAACAACAUACAGUGAUUUUUUUUUAAAAAAAACUUUAUCUUCAUGUAUGGCACAUUUUAGGUAUUUUUAAUGAGUCAUUUAUUAAAACCCCAGAUUUAUUCAAACAUUGUAGAUUUAUACUGAAAAUCUGAGCAUUCUUUGUAGUUACUGAACUAAGGACCAUCUUGCCUUAUUUUACCCUAAGUUAUUGAGCAAAACUAGUUAAUACUAAGUGUAACAUGCAGACUCCCCAAAUUGGGUUAGUUGAGUAAAGUGGUAAAGUUAACCAUGGAAUAAGCAGCAAAGUAUUGACAGCAUGAGUUAGUGGUAUAACACGAGGAAGCACAGGAUUUUUUGAAUCAAGUGAUAUCGUAUCAGUAGAACGCCUUAGCCCAAAAAAGCUUGAUUGUGCUCUCUGCUCUAUUCCUUGUAGUGAAUCUCUGCACAGAAUUGUCAUUAAGAUCCAAGCAUUUUCUAUGGUUCCAAUAAUAUUUCUAUAGAUUGCCAGCAAACUUAUUAGAUUUCAGUGAAUUUCAUUGGGUCUCUGAACCUCUCUUUUUUCCAGUGUAGGUGGACAGCCAAAAUAAUUAUCUUAUUAAAAACAUACAGUGAAGCAAAAUAGAUUAUUUUGGAUUGUAAAAUGAAUUGCAUCUCUCAUUUAAAUUCAGAAGGGAAAGGCUUUUUGAAUCAAAAAGUUUGGAAAAUGAUAUAAUUCUUUUUUCCUUUGAAAGACACUUGGAGGUUUUUUUUUUUUUUUACAAUCAUGAAAUCCUCUACUAGCAAUAUAUGUUUUUGGAAAGAAUGCUAUGUAUUAGACUAGGGCAUAACUGAUAUACAAAAUAAUUUUUAAAAUCCUGUUGAUGUGCUAAAUCAGUUUUUUGUACCUUUACAGAAUGUCUCUGGCUGCUUAUUGUGUGGUUUGCUGUAGAAAGAUAGGAACUUUAGGUUCAACAUGGAAAGUUGAUCAAUCAUGGAAAGAUAUCAGAAAAAUUAUGAAGUUAACUGGCUCACUUAUUCUGGGUGGUUGUAUAUUUGUUACUUAUGAAGUUCUGACUUUAAGAAAAUUGUUCAGUUUUGAUACCCAAGUGGUACAACAAGAAAAACUGAAAUCCUACAUCUACUUACAAACAGUUUCUUUAGAUCAAAGUGACUAUCAAGGAGUGAUAUAUCAAGUGAGAAAGAAGCUUCACCGAGCAGCCAAGAAAAUUAUAGAAAUGCAUGCUCGAAUUUUCCAAAAGCCCUUUGAUGAACGCUUCAGCACACUUGAUGCAGAAGAGUGCGAUUAUGCCUUGUGGCUGCUUGUGAAAAGAAGUCAAUCAAAUGAUAAAAUGGUCCGAUUACAAGCUGUGCAGGAAUUGGCCGCUAAUCGUUACUGGCAUGAUUAUCAGUACAGGACAGUUGCCCAAACAAGCGACCAGAGAACUGCCAUUGCUUUAGCUCGGAGUAAAGACGUUGAUCUGAGAUUUUUCCUGCCUCCGCAUCUUUUACUGAAUCCAAAAGAGACUUGUUGCUUAGAAGAUGAACUUCGACUGCUACUGGCAUCUUUACCUCAAACAGAUCUUGACCCGUGUGUACAGUAUUUUACCUCUUUAGCUUUAAGAGAAAGCAGCCAGACCAUAGCUGCCCAAAAGGGGGGCUUAUGGUGUUUUGGAGGUAAUGGUCUUCCAUAUUGUGAAAGUCUUAGUACCAUACCAGCAAAGACAGUGGAACUCUUCUGUCUGCAAGCUUUAGUGGAACAUUCCAAGAUCCCUAGCCAUUGUAAUAAAAUUGAAGCAAAUAAGGGACUUCAACUCCUGCAAAAGUUGUAUCACCUUCAUAGAGAUUCUCACAAAAUACAAAGAAGUAUCAUUCACAUAAUUGGAAAUAUGGCACUAGACGAACGUCUUCAUGCAUCAAUAACACGUGCAGGAUGGGUUUCUAUGCUAGCAGCUAUGAUGAAGUCUCCACGCAUCAUGGAAUCCUCUCACGCUGCAAGAGCCUUGGCUAAUCUGGACAGAGAAGUGGUGCAAGAAAAGUACCCAGAUGGUGUAUACAUUUUACACCCACAAUGUCGAACCAACGAGCCCAUUAAAGCUGAUGUCCUUUUUGUUCAUGGCCUUUUGGGAGCGGCAUUUAAAACAUGGAGACAACAGGACCUUGAGUACUCUGCAGAUGAGAGAGACAUGGAUGCGGAAGAUGACUACAGUGAAUGUUGGCCAAAAACUUGGUUAGCAUCUGACUGCCCAUCACUUAGAAUUAUUUCUGUGGAAUAUGAUACCCACCUUAGUGACUGGAGAACCAAAUGUCCCGUAGAGAGCUACAGAGAAUCUCUUGCAUAUCGAAGUACUGAGCUUCUCAAGAAACUAAGAGAUGCUGGGAUUGGAGACAGGCCUCUCAUAUGGCUAUCGCAUAGCAUGGGCGGCCUCUUAGUCAAGAAAAUGCUGCUGGAUGCUUCCAUGGACCCUGAAAUGGCUUCUAUAGUGGACAGCACACGGGGAAUUGUAUUUUACAGUGUUCCUCACCAUGGCUCCCGGUUAGCUGAAUAUUCCGUAAAUAUUCGAUUUCUGCUCUUCCCUUCUGUGGAAGUCAAAGAGCUCAGCAAAGAUUCCCCUGCCCUGAAAGCACUGAAUGAUGACUUCAUCUCAUUUGCCAAGAACCAGAACUUUCCAGUGUUAAGCUUUGCAGAAACGUUGCCAACACGAGUUGGCAGAAUGUUGAGUCUGCAUGUCGUGCCAGUGGAAUCUGCAGAUUUGGGCAUUGGAGAACUCAUUCAGGUAGAAGUUAGCCACCUCAACAUUUGCAAACCGAAAAACAAAGAAGCUUUCCUGUAUCAACAAACCUUAAAGUUUAUUCAAGAUUCUCUAAAAAGGGAGCUUGGAAAUCACUGAACUGCAACGCUGUGCAUAUUUAUUGUUUUACUGGAGCAGUUACACUAACUUUUCUUUGAAUCUGGGCCUGUCCUUGGCAGGGCGGCUGUUUUAUUACACACAAGCUGUUUUUUUUUUUUUUUUUUUUAACAUUGUCUAAUGGGAAACCGCGGGUGUAUUUCUGGGGUUGUAUAUUGUACAAAGCGUUUUUCUUCAUUUUGAGUUCCAUUUAAUGUUUGACAAGGAAAGUUAUCUGGGCUCCUAGAAGGUCUUUUCAUUGUUUUGUAAGCAUGUGUUUUACCCAAAGAGAUCUUCAUUCUCUGCUCAAUAUACUGUAGAAACAAAGCUGCUAUGCCAUUAAUGAUUAUCUUAUACUACUUUAUACUACUAGUGGGUGGGGGCACUUGACCUUGUAUAUACUGUGCAUACUGGAGAGCAAAUGCACUAAUACCAUAAAUCUACUCUCCCAUGCUGAUGUACUGAUACACCCACAUUGCAUGAUAUCAAGUUCUUUAUGGACAUUCUGAUAUUUUAAAUACAGUAGAAAAUAUGUGUAAUGACCAAUGAAUCUGGACCCUAACCUGUGUUUUUGCAACUGGAUGCCAACAGAAAACAAGGGUAUACUGUAAAUCUGCUAUUGUACAGUGUUUGGAAAGCUGUUACAAGCCCAGAAUUAUUUACUCCAAAGAACUGAACCAGUUUCUUAAUUCCAUGACGACAGAUUUUCCUGUGGUCAUCUUAUACCAAAAUGCCUCAUGAAGUAACAAAAAUUCAGAAUUGUUGCUCAAUUCUGCAUAGAAGGCUGGAUUAGUCAAGGGCACACUCGAGAUAAAUCACAAUUAUGUCUUUACCACUUAAAUUUUUGUAAAACUCAGAAGAUAAAAAUUCAGUCUCAAUGUAAUCUGAAUAGCCUGCCAAAUAUAUAUUGCUAUAUUGAAAAUGCGAAACACUCCAGGAGGGUAGAAAUUCUUCCCUUUGGCUGGUGCCAUUUAAGUAUUUUGAAUCUUAAGUAAUAUAAUGUAUAAAGCAGUUGUUCAGUUUCAGCAUGAAGCCAAACCAUGGCUUUAUUUUUCAUGUAAAUGAAAAAAAAAUCUUCCUGAAGAUUGUCCUGUUUUUAUAUUCCAUUUGCUUAACAUUCCAGUGGUAAAACAUCUGCCAUAAUUGUGAGUUGGAAGCCACCACUGAUAUUGUCAGAUGUUUCAAACCAUGGCAUGGAGUUAUAUAGAAAACCUUGGUACACCUUGUCUAUGAUUUAGAAUGAUAAAUUAAGCCACUAUAUUUGUAGCAAAGCAGAUUCCUUUUGUAGACAAAGGGGAAAUGGUUAGCCAUAUCAAUUGGUUGCAUUUCCUUGUGUCAAAAACAUUUUGUAACUUUCAGAGCCAUCUGAAGUAUAUAUUCCCAUUGCCACCCCAAACAGCAUGUAAUUUACCUACUGUAAUAUUUUUUGUGUGUACUAAAUAGUAUUUUGUGUAUACUUUU